GGGGCGAGGGGAACGGAGGUGUGAGUAAAAAGCGCGAGCUCUCGGUCUCUUUCUCCCUUUUAUUACAUGAAUGAAUGAAUGAAUUAUUGAGUAGUAGGGCACGCUUACAAGGAAACACGCCUCCGCCUGGACGACCGACCGCCGAAGCCUUUGAUAUUUGACUUUGUUCAAUGGUCCUACGUGUUUCUAUUUGCACAUUUUGGGCUCGAGAGUAGGACUUGUGUCACGUCUCGCGCCCGUCAUCGUAAAACACUUCGGAAGAUUUUUGCACGAACUACCGCUGCCACGAAACUCCUCGCCGAGAAGAUGGCAACUUUGACGAACGGACAGGUGGACGGCGGCAUGGUGCACGGAGGAGCCGGUACGAACGGGCUCGUGAACGGAAUAAGCCACGCGCACAGUCCCGCGAGCUGCGCCACCAUUCCCAUGAAGGACCACGAUGCCAUCAAACUGUUCAUCGGACAGAUACCGCGCAACCUGGACGAGAAGGACCUCCGGCCGCUCUUCGAGGAAUUCGGCAAGAUCUACGAGCUCACCGUGCUGAAAGACCGCUUCACUGGCAUGCACAAAGGCUGUGCCUUCCUCACAUACUGUGCAAGAGAAUCGGCGCUAAAAGCUCAGACCGCGCUUCACGAGCAGAAGACACUACCUGGGAUGAACAGACCGAUCCAGGUGAAACCAGCAGACAGUGAGAGCAGGGGAGAAGACAGAAAACUCUUUGUUGGCAUGCUGAACAAGCAGCAAUGUGAAGAUGAUGUGCAACGUCUUUUCGAGUCCUUCGGCUGCAUCGAGGAGUGCACCAUCCUCAGAGGUCCUGACGGAAACAGCAAAGGAUGUGCGUUUGUGAAGUAUUCCACUCAUGCAGAAGCUCAGUCUGCUAUUAGUGCUUUACACGGCAGCCAAACCAUGCCUGGCGCUUCCUCCAGCCUGGUGGUGAAGUUUGCAGACACAGAUAAGGAGCGGACCAUUCGACGCAUGCAGCAGAUGGCCGGUCAGAUGGGCAUCUUCAAUCCGAUGGCCCUGCAGUUUGGAGCGUACGGUGCCUAUGCACAGGUCCAACAGCAGGCAGCACUGAUGGCAUCAGUAGGUCAGGGAGGAUAUCUGAGCCCUAUGGCAGCUUUUGCUGCUGCACAGAUGCAACACAUGGCCACCAUCAACGGCCUCCCGGGGGCUCCCAUGACCCCAACAUCAGGUGGAAGCACACCCCCUGGCAUCACAGCUCCCACAGUGACCAGCAUUCAAUCUCCAAUCAGUGUCAACGGUUUCACAGGGCUGCCACCUCCUCAGGCCAAUGGCCAACCCCCAGCAGAGGCCAUGUUUACCAAUGGGAUCCAUCCUUACCCAGUUUUGCAGGAGGUGGUGUUUAGGGAAGACUCGGAGAAGGCCGGCCUGGGCGUGGCACAGAGGAGUUGUUUUGGGGUCCAGGGAAGCUGCUUCCUGUCGUCCCUCUCAGAAGCUCAGAGUCCCACUGCAGCAGACCCCUUACAGCAGGCUUACGCUGGAGUCCAACAAUAUGCAGCAGCCUUCCCUGCUGCAUACGGACAGAUCAGCCACGCUUUUCCCCAGCCACCUCCCAUCAUGCCCCAGCAACAGAGAGAAGGGCCUGAAGGCUGUAACCUGUUUAUUUAUCACCUCCCUCAGGAGUUUGGGGACGGCGAGCUGAUGCAGAUGUUCCUGCCUUUCGGUAAUGUCAUCUCCUCCAAAGUGUUUGUGGAUCGGGCGACAAACCAAAGUAAAUGCUUUGGCUUUGUGAGUUUCGAUAACCCAGGUAGUGCCCAGGCCGCCAUCCAGUCCAUGAAUGGCUUUCAGAUCGGCAUGAAGAGACUCAAAGUGCAGUUGAAGAGGCCAAAAGAUGCCAACCGCCCAUAUUAGCCCCCCCAGCCACCCCUGACCCUGGGGGUGAAGGCUACCGCUGUGCACAGGGAAAGACAGGUUUUAUAGAGUUGGAAGACAUGUUGAUAACAUGGAAAAUGUAUUUGAAAUCUAAGAAAAACACAACAGAUCAAGAUCAUCUGGGCUGGAUAAUCAGUUGAAGCAGGACAUGAGGAGGAUGUAGCCGCGUUAUAUACUACUAACACCCCAUCUCCAGGCUCAAUAGACCUUUUUGAACUUCCACAUUGAACUCAGGGGAGCCGCGGUGUUACUGGACCAUACCGUACUCCCUUUUCCGAAACCCUCCUAAGCCCUUAUGUUGCAGGACCACAUGAUGAAUUACUGAAGACCAAUACAAAAAAUAUAUUUAAAAAAAGAACAACAAUGUCAGCCCUUUGAAGGCUCUGAAUCUAAGAAUAAAUAGUAAGGGGGGAAAAGACACUUUUUAAAACUAAAAUAGACUUUUAGAGGGGAAUCUUGUACUAUUGAACAUGUCUUUGGGAAAACUUUUUAAAGAAUUGUUUUAGAAAUCAACAAAAAGGAUUAAAAAAAAAAAACUUGAAAAAACUUGAAAGAGAGAACCUUUUCAAAGGAUGUGACAAUUCAGGACACGAACUUUGCGUCGACUCGAGAUGGCCAACUUUUUCUUGGAGUGCCUGUCCGUUUCCAGGGGCAACGGCUGCCACAAACCGCAGCCUCAGUCAGCUGGGAGACUUACCUGUCAUUCCUUAGUUGUGUAGGGACCAAAUGACCAAACCUUUUUAUCAAAAAUGAAAAAAAAAAAAAAAAAAAAAAAAAAGACUGUAACAUAAUCGGACCACUGCAUCUCUUGCUGUGCCAAUCGGUUUAAGAGUUGAAUUUAAAAAAGAUAUAUGUAUAAAAAGAACAAAUAUGACUAUAUGCAUAAAUGCAUACAUAUAGAUUGCUGAUAUGCUUUUGAAUACUGGCAAAACUAUUUCUGAAGGCCCGUCGAGGCCGCUCACUUCGCUAGUUUACAAUUACUGCUCAUAAUGAAGAAUAUUUAUUUUUUAGUUUUCUCUGUGCUGAGAGAAAGUGCAUGGGAAGGGUUGUUCCAUAAUGCAGCCUUAUCUUUUCUAUCUUCAUGUCUUUACCUUGUAGUUAAGAGACCAUCUUAAAAAGGUUUGAGAUAAACAAUCCUGUUUAUAUAUGUAACGUACAUACGAUAUGUAUAUGUAUAGCAGACAUUCAAGCAAUAUGUAUUCAUAUGUAUGCACCUGUGUAGCAUAUGCCGAUCAGCCACAAUAUUAAAACCACCUGCCUAAUAUUGUGUAGGUCUCCCUUGUGCCACCAAAACA